GAGCUCUGCGCUUUUUUUUAGUGGCACCCCCCGUAGUGUACUUCUAGAUCCGCCGCUGACAAGUAGGAUGGCUCCUCGACGGCAGUGGUGGUGUUAUAGGAGAGGCGGUAAGAUGUCCACCAAUCCGUUAGUGCCACUGCCCCCUCUCGUCACUGCUGGCGGGACACUCCUCUCCUUGAUGUGGUUGGCUAGAUGACACCUUUGCGCAUGUGCUUCAUUGGUACAUGGUUGGGAGGAGGUGUCAGGAGAGACGUCUGGACUCCUCUGGUGGACACUAUGGUGGUUCUUUGCGGAGUACUAGCUUAAGCAACUAUUGGAUUAUCCGUUUGGAAGAUGUUGCUUGGAGCACCGCUUCAUGUCCAGAGUGAAAACUAAUCGUCCAACCUUCAUUGGUUGUCACAACAGCGGUGAAACUUGCGUCAUUACCUUGUUGAAGGCACAAUCUCCACGCCGAUGUUCUGGCCUUCAUUGGUUGGUCUUUGCAUCCAGAUGAAAAUCCUUUGUCCUGUCCGUCUCUGGCUGGACAUGGGCAAUGGUGAGCAGGGCGCUAUCCCUUCUUGAAGGCGUGGAUGCGGCAGAAGUAAAUUUAGUCCUAGGUGCUGCAUAUCUUGUACUAAUAGAUUUACCAUAGUUGUGUUUGUCAAUGUCUGUUAGCUUUUUAUGCCUUCAUUGCCUUGCACAAAACUUUAAUAAAUUAUGGCCGUGUGCACCUGAGGUUGCAGAGGCCGGGACAUUGACACUUCCUUCUCAGAAAAAAAGAAAAAAAAUGUACCAUUCAUGUACAAUCCAUCUGUACUAAAGAAGACUUUCCAGAGGCUUGGUCUUAAUCGAAGUAAAUUGGCUGUAAGACAUUGAGUUAACCCACCGCUAAGAGUUAGCUAUUAUUCUCUCACUUGACCAUUCGCUCCAUGUAAACUCAGAACUCUCUUCGGAGAAUCCAAACCAAACAAGCAGCUACCCUACAAGAAAAUAUAGCAUUGUUCACCAGAUACUUUGGCACCAAGCAGUUUGGUCACAGUUGACGUAGUGGUGUACUAAUUGCAACGAACUUGUUAGUUUCUUAGUAACCACAAGCCUCUGAGCUGUACGCUCAUGGAUUUGUACUGAGUGGAGAAGAGCGAAAUAGCAACCAAACUCCUGAUCGAGGUGCCCCAUAUAUAUAUCCACCACAGCAGGAUGAUCUUUCAUAAGAUCACGAAGUCAGAGGCAAAUAUGAUGAGGCACACCAUUACUUUCUUCCUGUUGCUCCUUCUGCUGGGCACAUCACUCACAGAUGCCUCACAGGAGGAUCAGCUCAUGAGGUUCCUCGAGUCCACGGCCAAGAAGAGGCAAGCUGACAGGGCCAGUAAUCCAAACGUAGCUGAGGGACCCGACCCAUGGGCCGACGCCAGCAGCUUCAGCCACCUGCCCACGCGUUGCCCGAUCCCAUUGGCGGGCGCCAAGGCGACCGACAAGAUCACCGCGCUGCCCGGCCAGCCUCCGCGAGUCAACUUCGACCAGUACGCCGGCUAUGUCACGGUGAACGAGGAGUAUGGCCGCGAGCUCUUCUACUACUUUGUCGAGGCCCCCUACGAGGCGGCCUCCAAGCCACUCAUCCUUUGGCUUAACGGUGGGCCUGGGUGCUCAUCGCUGGGGUAUGGCGCCAUGAUGGAGCUCGGCCCGUUCCGAGUGAACCCCGACGGCAAGACUCUGAGGAGGAACAAGCACGCCUGGAACAACCUGGCAAACGUGAUCUUUCUGGAGUCGCCAACCGGAGUGGGAUUCUCCUACGCGAGCAACAACUCGGAUAAUAUCAACAAGCGGGGCGACCAGAGAACCGCCGAGGACACAUUCGUCUUCCUGCUCAACUGGUUGGAGAGGUUCCCCGAGUACAAGGGCCGCGACUUCUACAUCGCCGGUGAGAGCUACGGUGGCCACUACGUGCCGCAGCUCGCCACCGUAAUCACCUUCAUGAACGAGCUCCACCACACCACUUUCAUAAACCUCCGCGGCAUCUUCGUCGGCAAUCCGAUCCUUGACAAUUACAAGAACAACGAGGGGAAUCUGGAGUUUCUAUGGAGCCACGGGCUGAUCUCCGACGAGAUCUGGGCCGGGAUCCGUGCUAACUGCACUUUCACCCCGAAAGACGACUUGCGGUGGUGCUCUGUGUUGGGGCAGGCGUUCCACAUAGGCAACAUCUAUCCCCGAAACAUAUACGACCCGAGGAUCUGCCUUCCGUCGGCACGCGAAGGCUAUCUGGCUGGCUAUGAUCCGUGCAUGGAGUACUACGUCGAGGCUUACCUGAACACUGGCGAGGUGCAAGAAGCUCUGCACGCCCGCACCAACACAAGUUGGAUAGCUUGCCCAAGAGAAAGUCCUUUAAGCGUCCCCUUCCAUUAUAACCCCGGCCCAGUUACCGUGGUGCCAACGAUCAGGAGGCUAGUCGAACGUGGGUUAAGCGUAUGGGUCUAUAGUGGCGAUUUGGAUUCCACAUGCUCGAUUACCUCGACGAGGUACUCGGUCAAGGAUCUCAACUUGCCCGUCACCAAGCCAUGGCGCGCUUGGUACACCCCGGACCUCGAGGUUGGAGGCUAUGUUCAGCAGUACGAGGAAGGCUUCACGUUUGCAUCGGUGAGGGGUGCAGGCCAUCUGGUUCCUAGCUAUCAGCCAGAGAGAGCCCUUGUUCUUCUCUACUCUUUCCUCAAGGGCAGGCUCCCACCUGGGUGACGUCCCAAACUGAAUUGGGAUAUUUGGGCACCCACAUGUUAAUUUACGGUGUGUUCUGAUUCCAAUAUUGGAUCUAUAAAUAAGUCGCUGCUUAUACACAACUACGAAGUGACAUAUUCAGGCCAUAGUCAUAUGGUUUAACACUUCUGUGCUGAAAAGGUUGUAUGCUGUUCACAUGAAAAUAAUAGAUUGAAUAUCACAUC